AUGGUUGGGGAAGCUGUCCACAUGUUUGAUAUGGAGUGGCUUGAGAACUUUACAAAUGAGAUGGUGAGUGAAGAAGGAUUGCAGAGACCUGCAACAGGCAGUGUAGCACCAAAUGAGGGUAUAUGGAGACCUUCAGAAGCCCCAAAAAAUAAUAAGAGAAAGAAAAAGCAGAAGGCUGCAGCUAGGAGCAAGACUGCAAUUACUGGCAAGGGGAAGAGGAAGAUGUGGGGGGAUGAAGAACUAAUUCAAGCAAGAAACAAGCUUAGGGAAAACUACAAGGCCAAAAAAGAAAGGAUGGAAAGAGCCCAAAGAGCUGCAUUGGUGGGUGAUAUAGGAGGUGAAACAGUCCCUGUGGGUGAGGAUGUGGAAGCUAUUAGGAAGUAUGCUGUGAAUAGGGGUGUGGAGGUUAAGAUGGUGAAGAAUGAACCAACCAGGUUUAGGGUGCACUGCAAGAAGGAGGGGUGUGAAUGGCACAUUCUGGCUAGUAAGGUUGGGGCCACUGGAGACAUUGUGGUGAAGACAUACGUUCCUCGGCAUAAAUGCUUCAGAGAGUUCAAGAUUAGACAAGCCACUAAAAAUUUCUUAGUGGACUACUUCAGAGACAGGAUUACCAGUUUUAGCCACCUAAAGUCCAAAGAGUUAAAAGCUAGGGCAAUGAGGGAGUUGAAGAUUGAUAUGACUGACAUCAAAUGCAAGAGGGUUAAGAUAAUUCUGCUUGAAGAGUUAGAAGGCGAUUAUCUGGAGGAGUAUGGUUUGUUGUGUGAUUCCAGAGAAGAACUACUGGCAACCAACCCAGGAACUACAGUUGACCUCUUGACUGAUGGUAACACAAACCAGUUUAGAGAUAUCUACAUAUGCUUUGAUGCUUUGAAGAAAGGGUGGAAGGCUGGGUGCAGGCCUGUGAUUGGGCUUGAUGGCUGUUUUUUGAAGACAGUUUGCAAAGGGGAGUUGCUUACUGCAAUUGGAAGGGAUGGCAACAAUCAAAGAUUCCUUAUUGCUUGGGCAGUGGUGAAAUCAGAAAGCAAAGCUACUUGGGUGUGGUUUUUGAAAAACCUGGUCACUGAUCUUGAUAUUAGAGAUGGAAGCAAUUUAACACUGAUAACUGAUAUGCAAAAGGGCCUGCUUCCAGCUAUCAAGGACACUUUACCUGAGGCAGAACACAGAUGGUGUGCACAACACAUAUUCAUGAGGUGGCAGAAAAGAUGGAGAGGAGGUAAUGGCUCUGUAGAACACCUCCUUACAUAUCCACCACACACAUGGUGCAAGGCAUAUUUUGCAUUCCAUUCUAAGUGUGAUGUUGUGGAUAACAAUAUGUGUGAGUCAUUCAAUGGGGAUUUGUUAGAUGCUAGGAAAAUGCAUAUAUUAUCUCUUUUGGAGUGGAUUAAAAAAGAUGCAGUGAGUAGGAUUCACAGGAUAAGAAUGGAGUGCGUGAAAUGGUUCACUGGAGUUAGUCCUAGUAGUGUGAUGUUGCUAGAAAAGAACAUGAAUAGGGCAUGUGGCUGUCAUGGCAUGGGAUUUGAUUGGAAUCCCAUGUCCACAUGCCAUAUGUGCCUUAUACCAUAUGGUGAUUUGUUGGUGGGGAUAGACCCCUGGUAUUCUAAGGAAAAAUACUUGGCUAGUUAUGCAUAUGUGAUGCAGCCAGUAAAAGGUAAGGCAAUGUGGCCCAGAACUGGAAAAGAGCCUCUCAUUCCACCUGUGGCAUACAAGUCAGCUGGCAGACCCAAAAGAGCUAGAAGAAAGGACAAAGAGGAACCCAAACCCUCAGGCAAAAUGCCAAAGGCAGGGUAUGCUAUGUCUUGCAGCUACUGCCAUAGCAAAUGGCACAAUGCUAGAGGGUGUAGUAAGAAGAAAAAUGGCAUUCCAGUUCCUGCAAUGGAUAAGGGAAAGGGUAAAGUCCUUGUUGAAAAUGAGGAUGAAGAUGAACAAACUUCGGUAAACAUGGAACAAGUGCAGUCUGCUACUGGCAUUCAGAUUUGA